AUGGUCUCGAAAGUGGUUGCCCGCAAGCUUUUAACAUUCCUCGUACGUAUAUCCGUGAGUGCUCUCCGGACUGCAAUACUUGUAUGCACUGGUGUGCCAAGUCAAGGCUAUCGGGGCGCGAAAUCUGGCUGGUGCGAGGAAAAUGGAGGCAAUAUGUACUGUGUAGUCCCGUACGUGGGAACACAGCAGGCUUACGUUUCUGACUGCAAUAGCGGGGGCGAGUUGGUUGGGUCUCCACUACGACCAGAAAAGGCGAUAGCUGGUAUCUUCGCUGUCUUUGCUGCAAAAGUAGCAGCGCCAAUGGUUCCGGAGAAGGGUGUCUGGACGGCGAUGGUUGAGUAUACUAUCGAUCGCGUCGUCUAUAUCGCUUGGGAUCACUGCCAACAGCCUUACCGCGCGCGGCGAGCUUGA